CCGCUUCCCCUGCAGCGGCUUUCCCGGUCCGUGUCCGUGGGGAGCCCCGGGAGCGCCUCACCCCCCCCGGCUCGGGCCUGGCUGGAGCGGCGGCCGCGCUUGCCGGGGGAGGAAGGAGGGUCAGGGCGCCGCCGCCACCUCGGGCAGGGCCGCGUGUCCGGAGGCCCCUCUGAGGGGAGGGUCGCCUUCCCUGCCCCGCUCCCCACUCCCUCUGCCGAGCCCUGAGGCCGGCGUAGCUCCCGUUGCGGACCGGGGUCUCCAUUUCCUCGCUCCCGGCUCCAUCCCGGGAUUCCCGGCUGGCCGCGUGUUCGCCGGCGGCCGCGCUGCGAUAGUUGCGCUGUGGAGGUGCGGGUGAAGCGCCCGCAUGUCGGGAGGGCUGGGAGAGUGCUCACACCUCCUCCUCCAUUGCCACCACCAAUACAGGGAUAUGCCUUUAAACCUCCUCCUCGACCAGAUUUUGGCACUUCUGGGAGAACAAUCAAACUGCAGGCCAACUUCUUUGAAAUGGACAUUCCUAAAAUAGAUAUCUACCAUUAUGAAUUGGAUAUAAAGCCAGAAAAAUGUCCUAGAAGAGUUAACAGAGAAAUAGUGGAGCAUAUGGUUCAGCACUUUAAAACCCAGAUUUUCGGGGAUCGCAAACCAGUGUUUGAUGGAAGAAAAAACCUUUAUACAGCUAUGCCACUUCCCAUUGGAAGAGAUAAACAGGUGGAGCUGGAGGUCACGCUGCCAGGAGAAGGAAAGGACAGGAUAUUUAAGGUGGCUAUAAAGUGGAUGUCCUGUGUGAGUUUGCAGGCUUUGCAUGAUGCCCUUUCUGGCCGGCUGCCGAGUGUCCCGUUUGAGACCAUCCAGGCCCUGGAUGUGGUGAUGAGGCACUUGCCUUCCAUGAGGUAUACUCCUGUGGGGAGAUCUUUCUUUACAGCAUCAGAAGGGUGCUCAAAUCCUUUGGGUGGUGGCAGAGAGGUUUGGUUUGGCUUCCAUCAGUCAGUCAGACCUUCAUUAUGGAAAAUGAUGUUAAAUAUUGAUGUGUCUGCAACUGCAUUUUACAAAGCACAGCCAGUUAUUGAGUUUGUCUGUGAAGUUCUGGACUUCAAAAGUAUUGAAGAACAACAAAAACCUCUGACAGAUUCCCAAAGGGUGAAGUUUACCAAAGAAAUAAAAGGUCUGAAGGUGGAGAUAACACACUGUGGACAAAUGAAAAGGAAGUACAGAGUGUGCAAUGUCACCAGACGACCAGCAAGUCACCAAACAUUCCCACUUCAGCAGGAGAAUGGACAAACAGUUGAAUGCACUGUAGCUCAGUAUUUUAAGGACAGGCAUAAAUUAGUUUUACGCUACCCUCACCUUCCAUGUUUACAAGUUGGACAGGAGCAGAAACACACAUACCUUCCUCUGGAGGUGUGCAACAUAGUGGCAGGACAGAGAUGCAUAAAGAAACUCACUGACAAUCAAACUUCCACUAUGAUUCGAGCCACUGCCAGAUCAGCCCCGGACCGGCAGGAAGAGAUCAGCAAAUUGAUGCGGAGUGCGAGUUUUAACACCGACCCUUACGUCCGAGAGUUUGGGAUAAUGGUCAAGGAUGAAAUGACAGAUGUGACUGGCAGAGUCCUACAGCCUCCCUCAAUCCUCUAUGGAGGCAGGAAUAAAGCAAUUGCUACACCAGUGCAAGGUGUUUGGGACAUGAGGAAUAAACAAUUUCACACUGGAAUUGAAAUAAAGGUUUGGGCAAUUGCAUGCUUUGCUCCCCAGCGCCAGUGCACUGAAGUUCAUCUUAAGUCCUUCACAGAACAGCUGCGGAAGAUUUCCAGGGAUGCUGGAAUGCCAAUCCAGGGGCAGCCCUGCUUCUGUAAAUAUGCCCAGGGAGCUGACAGCGUGGAGCCCAUGUUCAGACACCUCAAGAACACUUACACUGGGCUGCAGCUUGUUGUAGUAAUUUUGCCAGGAAAAACACCAGUCUAUGCCGAGGUGAAGCGCGUUGGUGACACGGUGCUGGGAAUGGCCACUCAGUGUGUGCAGAUGAAAAAUGUCCAAAGAACAACACCACAAACUCUGUCCAACCUUUGCUUAAAAAUAAAUGUCAAAUUAGGAGGUGUAAAUAACAUUCUACUUCCUCAGGGAAGACCCCCAGUAUUCCAACAGCCUGUCAUAUUCCUUGGUGCAGAUGUAACUCACCCACCAGCUGGGGAUGGGAAAAAGCCUUCCAUUGCUGCAGUUGUAGGAAGCAUGGAUGCUCAUCCCAACCGUUACUGUGCCACCGUGCGGGUGCAGCAGCACCGCCAGGAAAUCAUCCAGGAUUUGGCUGCCAUGGUCAGGGAGUUGCUCAUCCAGUUCUACAAAUCAACGAGAUUCAAACCAACUCGCAUCAUCUUCUACAGGGAUGGUGUUUCUGAGGGGCAGUUCCAACAGGUUCUCCACCAUGAGCUGCUGGCUAUCAGGGAGGCUUGCAUUAAACUGGAGAAGGAUUAUCAGCCUGGCAUCACAUUUAUAGUGGUGCAGAAAAGGCACCACACCAGACUCUUCUGCACGGAUAAAAACGAACGGGUUGGAAAAAGUGGAAACAUUCCAGCUGGUACCACAGUGGACACAAAAAUCACCCACCCCUCAGAGUUUGACUUCUACCUGUGUAGUCAUGCUGGGAUUCAGGGAACAAGCAGACCUUCUCACUACCACGUGCUCUGGGAUGACAAUCGCUUCUCGUCGGACGAGCUGCAGAUCCUCACGUACCAGCUGUGCCAUACGUACGUACGCUGCACGCGCUCUGUCUCCAUCCCUGCACCUGCAUAUUAUGCACACCUGGUGGCCUUCAGAGCCAGGUACCAUCUGGUGGACAAAGAACACGAUAGUGCUGAAGGAAGCCACACUUCUGGCCAGAGCAAUGGCAGAGAUCACCAAGCACUUGCUAAGGCAGUCCAGGUGCACCAGGACACGCUGCGCACGAUGUACUUUGCUUGACAUGUUUUAAUGUUCAGCGGCUCCGGACGAGGCAGAGUUGGAUUCACACCAGACCAGCUGCACUUAGACCAACACAUGCCCCACCCCAGGGACAGCCAGCAAUGAGUGAUGCUUCUUUAUUCUUUUCUUUCCUGUUUGUAAGGAAGCCUUCCGUCCAGAAUUUCAGACUUGAUCACAAACUGCAUUCUUGUACCAAACCCCACUGUUGUCAGAAAUGUGGUUUGCCAAAAAUCUCUGAGCUGCUUGGUAUAAAACAGACCCAGAUUUUAUAAUUAAAUCAAGAGCUGCAAUCUCAGGGCUUAGGGAAGAAAACAAAGAACCAAACCAACAACCCAACCCACAAAACUCAUUCAGUUUGCUGUUCAUUGACUUGCUUUCAAUAAUUUGGAAAUAUCUCAUUCAUACUAAGGUGUGAUGAGCUAAAAUGCUGUGAAUCAGCUUUUAGUACAAAGGAAAGCAAAGCAUUUUUUGAGUAUUUAUGAAGCCUUGAUUAUUCUAGAUGCAUUUACAAAAUUCUUAUUUUCAAAAUAAGAGCGUGACAAAAUUCUGAUUUCUAACUGUCUUAUAAAGAGUAUUCUCAGAUUAUUCUCUGUGUGUCUAAGGGCAAAUGUAUUUUCUGAAGCUUGUUCUUGAAUGUUUUUUAUUGUGCUGCAUUUUAAAAUGUUUUUCAUAGACUAAAGAUGAACUUAAAAAAAAAGAAAAAAAACAAAACUGUACCUAAGCUUUUAAUAGCUCCAGUUAGAUUGGCGGAAGCAAAUGUGCCAUUUAAAAAAAUUUGUAAAGAUUUUUUUUAAAUCAUACUGACAGCUAACUUUAGGAUUUGUCAUACAGGACUGUGACACUUACUUUCCAAAGUCUCUAAAGAAUACGGGUCUGUGGUGAUGAAUACAGUACAAUCCUUUUUCACUGUUGUUUGAGUUAAUGUAAAUUUUAUAUAUGUUUCACAGUAUUAAUGUGAUAGACUAGAUGCUAUUAUUUAUUUUUAUUUACUAAGGAGUGCUCAUUAUACUUCUGUUAACAUAUCAAGAAUGCUUUGAACUUAGAAAAAUCCUUUUUGUGAGGACAUUACUCUGCAAAUGCAAAAAAAAAAUAUGCAAUUGAUGUGGUGAGAGGAGAGAGAUGCAGCCAGUGUCUGUUGUAGCUUGGGAUUUGCAGAAAGGCUUUUUCAACGUGCACACAACACAGCAGGUUUUACCUCUGCGGUUCAGACGCACACAAGACCAACAUCCUACAUUCAUUCAAGCACAAAACAAUUGUAUUUUAUUUCUGUGUUGAGUAGUGGUGAAGCAGGAGCUCUGCUAGAGGAGAGUGGUUUGCUGGAAAUAAGGCUGAAGUCAGAGAAUCUAUGCAGUAAAGAUAAAAAUUAGGAAACUGAGGUUUACUUAGGGAGGUGAAACUCUCUUCAUUAUGCAUAAGAUCUGUAGGAAAUUGAGAGUUUUGCCAUUCUCUUAGGAGAAGCAUUAAUUAAAACUGAUAAUUAUUAGACAGAUGCUUCUGUUAGUUUGCACACUGGAUUCAUAAAAACCAUAACACACAUGUAAACCAUUGCACUAAUGACGAUGCCAUGAGCAGGUGUAGGAGAAAAUGGAAAAAGCCCAGGAAAGUUGUUUAUGCUGACUUGAUCUUGUUUGUUUUUCCUUGAGAUAACUGAAAUAAGAUGCUGAGAAGGCAGGUUGGAAAACCUUCAUUCUCUUCCACAGAUUCAUUUUGCUCUUUUCCCUUUUCUCCAAGCAGCUGCUCAGUCCCUGUUUGGACACUUUUACCUCUGGCCACUGGGAUGGGCGAGUAGCUUUAACCCAUGCAGAGCUCUGGGCCACAGAGCAGGUCAGCUGCAACCAGCUGGUGUUGGAUAAGCUAGAAAAUGCCCAACCUUUGCUGCAUAAAGACCUUUAGGUACAUAAUUCCAGUUCAGACCUUCACCUUGUAGCAGUGUGUUGGUUGUCAGUGUUUCAUAGGUGAAAUGUAGAACCUGUUAAUGGAGUAAUCACAUUUGUACUUUUCUAAUUGGGUGAUUAGGCUGCUGGCUCUGAGUGUCUUCUUGGUCAUAGUUCUAUAAAUUCAGAUUUCUGUAAAUUUGAAGCAAAUCCUAGGUAGCAUUUUCUGUCUUGCUGUGUGCCAGCGAGGUUGUACCUACCUCCCCUCAAAUACCCCUGAGCUGCAGAUCCUCCCCGUGGUGGGUGUGUUGCACUUCUCUGUGUUUCCUUCAGAGCUUUCCUAUUUCAGUGAAGAUAUUCAUUUGGCAGAGUUUUAUAUAAGAAUUAUUUUUAUAUUAAUUCUUCUUAUAAAAUAGGAUAAAGAUCAUCCAUUUUAAGACAUCAUUUAACUUAUUUGCUGUGUGUUAUGCAGAGACCUCUUGGAUGUGAAAUUCAUCCCCCUCUUUCCAUGCAGAUCUGGGACAAUGGAAUUGUACAGGUGGUCAGGUGGGGUGAGGAGGGCAAGAUCUGUCUUGACCUCAAAUCUCAUUUCUGAAGUAGCCUGGGACUGCACUGCAUCCUAUUUAAGAUGUUUCCUUUGUGAGAAAAGGAGUUUUAAGCAGGCCCUUAAUCUGAGAGUAGCUGUUGUUUGUGUAUCCUCUUGGAAUGAGCAGAAAUUCUGUGUAGCUUUCCUUCCCGAAGUAUGAAGAACUUGGGAUAUUUAUGUGCAUUUCAGGCCAUUUUUACCUUUUACAGAUCUUUCUAAGCCUCUGAUACUGCUAAUUCCUUAUGCCUUGUGUCUCCCUCCUUUUCCCUCCCAUCAGUGGUGAACUAGUGAAUAAUUUAAAGCAUUUUUUAAAAAAAAAUACUGAUAAGGUAUAUACUUUAAAGUACAGCAUGCUGGCAGUCCAGCACCUCUUCUGGGAAUAUUUUUACUAUAAAUUACAUGUUCAAGAAUGUCUCCUGUCCAAAAAAAUCUGCCACAAACACGUAAAAUCUCAGUAUUAUUUUUUCAUUCAGUACCUCCCACAUGUUUGGUGUAGAACAGCAGCAUCUCAGGUCAACCAAAGCUCAAGAAGUCUCAGUCCCCCCAUGUUGCUGGUGGAGAAGUGCCAGCUGAGGUCACAGCUCUGAGUCUCUGGGUCACUGUGCAGGUCAGGUCAGCAGUAACCAAAUUUGUGCCACCCUCUGGCACUUGGGGCAUUUUCCAGCCUAUGCAAAGGAGUCCCACUGCACAACCCCCACAAAACAGCAUCAGCAAGUGUGAAAUGCUCCUCUUGGGAGGUGAUAAGUACUCUCAGAAGACAUGAAAUACUUAAAAGUUUGUCUUUUUUUCCCUGAUGUGCAAAAUCUAAUGCAAUAAUGAGGUUUGCUUAGUGGUGGAAAGUUCUGCUCCAGUGGCUGAACAGAGUAACAAGUCCACUCCAUCUGUUCCAGCACCCAGGAAACAACUGAUUUCAACAUUUGAUCCUUAGGAGCAAAUGUUCUGUUGGGAAAUGCUGGAAGGAAGUGGAUUUGUCUCUGCUUUUAUGUGGCAUUUAAGACAGCCCUAUGCAAUUUAACACUUGUGUGUGUGUAUGCACUGAUGUACAGAGUGAGAUCACUUGUUUAAUUAUUAGAGCUCCUUAUUUUGGCUUGGUUUGCUUUAGAGUAUUUGACUUUGUGAAUUACAAUCAAUGAUCUUCCAUGUUCCAGAGGCUUUGGCACAGGAAUUCCCUCAUUUCUUGAUCUGUCAGGUAACAAAUACCUUUGAUCUCCAUCCAGGUCCCCCAGGCAGCAUUCUGAUUGUGAAAGCAAAAAGGUUAUGAAGGUUUGGCUUUAAUUCUGCCUCUCUCAAUAACUCCUGCAGCUUUUGUCUGUUGUAACAGAGUCUUGUUCUUGUUGGAUCAUUUUUAUAACGUAAGACAGGAGGUUUUUCCAUAAGGAUUUUCAAAUUAAAAUGUCUGGAGAGUAGGUGUGAAGAGUUUAGGUUUUUUUUCUGAAAAGAUUGAAGUUUCCAAGAUGCUUCUAAGUUUUUCUUUCUAACUAAAGUUUUUCAUGUAUGUGCCCAAAAGCUUUUGAUUAAAUAGCAGACACAGUCAAAUAAGUAUCUCUGGUGGCAUAAAUAACCCAUAAAGGACUUUUUUUUUCUUUAAGACAUCUUUUACACAUUAACUGAACGAAUGUAAGAAGAGUUCUCAGUAUUUUUUACACUUGAAACCAGUGUAAUUAGAAUCAGUUGUUUUCCUAUUUUUUAAUAUUCUUCUUCUGCCAUAGCAUCUCUCUUUGUGUAGUUUUCCCCAUUCCUAAUGCAGGACAGUCCUUUGUAUUUUACUUUUAUAUUCCAUUUGGUAACAUGCUUCUUGAUGCACACAUGCCAUCUUUCUUAAGGAAAACUUCAAGUAGAAGGUAAUUGCACUGAUUUUUGGGUUUUUUUAAACUCCCUUUUUACUGUAAGAAUUUUAAAUUUUUUUUUUUUUUAAUCUGCUGUAGCUGUUUGAAAAUACUGUAAAUAGUGCUCUGUACAGAAAAUACUGAAAUGCUGGGGAUACCAUUCCUUGCCACAUUUUCCAGUGUUGAGAUGGGAGCUUUGGUGUUAAAUGCUGUUAUACUUUGUGUGCACUAUGGUAUCAAUCCAAGAAGGGCACAGUUGCUGUAUUACAGUGGAAAUACUUAGGGUUUGCCUGAAUUUAUAAAGCAUUUCUCCCUUCUCUCCUUUGUGCACAUUUCUCCCAGACCACAGGGAUGCAGUUUUUUAGCUCUCACUGUGCUCAUUGUCUGUGCAAGGCUCAAAUGCCACCUUUGGUAUGAGUUUGAUGGCUGUAUUAAUGCAGUAUUUGGAUUAUCAACUGUAGCUCUCACAGGUUUUCCUUGCUUGUCUGAUUCUUGUGUUAGAGAAGCAGAAUCAGUGGAAUUGCAGGGAUUUGGGAUCCAGUUACAAUGUCUUGCUGUCUGUCCCUGCAUGGUGUGGGAUUGGGCAGUGCCAUGGAUGUUUCAGUGCUCUGAGCUAAGGAAUGGUGUCACCUCUGCCUGCCCAUGGAUCUCCCAUCCAUCAGCAAUCGCCUUUUGCUUCCAUAACCCUCAGGGACAGGACAGACCCAAACACCAGCCACUCUGUCUGAUGUUAGGAUGUAAAACAGCAAAUUCUACCUUUUGUUUCUGAGGGUUAAUGACUGGAAAGAUGUAUUUCUGAGAGGGUUUAAUCCAAAUGCUAUGGGAAGGGGGUGCUGUGUGUGCUUGGUGUGGCACAGAAUCUGUUUAAUCCCAUUUAGUGUUUCAGUUGUUUUGUCAGAGUCUUCUUUGAAGUGUUAAUUUGAAUGUAAUUGCUUGGCCAAAUCACUACCAAAGUGGGUUUGUGAGAAUCUUAGUUACAAAGCAGGUGCAGUUCAAGGCUACCUCCUGUGUUCCUUCAUGGAAGAAUUAAUUGAAGUGAACCUCCCACUAAGCAGCCAAAAUGCUCCCAGAGGGACUGGAUUUGUCCUGGUCUGUUCCUUGUUGGGAAGUGGCAGUGCCAUACUGUGAUCCUGGGAGGCAGCUCAGCCUUUCCUCUGUCUUCCAGAGGCAUCCCUGUGUAUUGAGAGGGUACCAUGAUUGCCUGGAGAGGUUACCUAGAACAGAGGCUGGACAGUGUUAAAGGAAUAAAGUGGGUAUUUAUUAAAAGGCCUUCAAAGAACACACCUUGGGCAGUACAGGAGCCUGGCUAUGGCUCCACCCAAGAUGGACACUGGGUCAUGAGUUUUCACACUUCUAUGAAUUUUGGUCCAUUUCCAUAUUGGGGUUAAUUGUCCAAUUACAGCUUCAGGUGAUGAAGUUCCAUCCUCCCAGUUUGCUCUCCUCAGUUUGCUGUUGUUUGUACUUUUUGGGCCUGAAGCUGCAAUAGUGUCCUUGGUUCUCGGGCUGGAAAAGGAUUGUUUUGUCUGAACUGUGAAGAGAACUUGCUAACACUUGAAGUUCAGAGUUAUAAACUAAUGCAGUACAGAACCUGGAGAAUUUGAAAGCCAAAACUUAAGGCAUCAAUAGACCUGGCAAGUGGUUGAUGCCUUAAGUUUUAGCUUUCAUAUUUUGCCAUAUUCACAUCUGGCACAUCUGCUUCUGGUCAGGUUCAAUCCGUAGCAGCAGCUCCCUCUGUAACCUGUCCCUUCACUUGAGUUUCCAAAUGAAAAAUGUUUCUGUACUUUACCUGUUGGCCAGAAAAAGUUAGGUUUUCUCUGCAAAUGACAUGAAGAUGCUUGAAAUGUAUUUUGAGUUGCAGGCAAAAAAUAGGUAUUGGAUUAUUUUUCUUAAUGUGUUUUCUAGGUAAGUUGAUAUGCGACUGUAAAAAUGAAAAAAACUUUAUUCCCUGCUCAGAAAACUAUAAACUUUAAAAUGUGGGGAAAAAAACUCCAAAGCAAAACACCAAAGAACAACCCCAAACCUGAAUAUGUUCAUCUUGGGACUACUUAGUGUCAGUUCUGUGCAAAGCCUUGGCCAAAACUCAACCUUGACAUAAGUCCACAUGGACUGAGGGUGCUUUAAAUGACCUGAAAUGAAACUGUAGAAAGCUGUGUUAAUACAUCAGAUUUUGUUUACAAUUAUUCCAAACAAGCUUCCUCAUCUCAGAACAAACCACUCUGCUGACAGGAAUACCUGUUGGAGCACAGUGUGCUGUUGUGAUUUCGUAGCAGUGUUAAAAUUGAUUUGUAUUUACAAGUAACUGGGCUUUCUGCUGUGGAUUUUGGCCUAUCAGAGUGAGUUUCCUGGGAUUCUGUGCUCCCUUCCCUUUCCUUCCCCAGCUCAUUAAUAACUGAAUGGAGUAAAAUCCUGUCAGUUUGGUCCAGUUCUCAGUCAUGAUUUAACAAAGCCCCCCCAAAAGUGUGAAGUGCAGGGUGAAUGGCUGCUUUGGAAAAGAUGUUUCACUACAUAUUGUGCACUGCAGAUUGUGGACACUAUUGCUGGCAGGGUUUGUGCUGUGCAGAGAUGCUGAACAGCUCCUCUGUCAUUGAUGGGAGCAGAGUUUUGUGUUUUCCAGACAAGGCAGACCUGGGAUCAUCAGGAAGUUUAAGGAGUGACGAGCUCCAUGCUGGGUGCUGCUUGUGCCCCAGAGAACGGAAGCACUGGGUACCCCAAGCCUUGGGGAAAUGAGAGAGGAAGUGAGGGGAGACAUUUUCUUGCCAAAUUGCCAGUUUAAGCACUUGUUAAGGUGACAGUUUAAUUCUUAGAUUGCCUUCUGGCUUCCCUGCUAGUGCAAAUCCUUCACCCUGCACCCAUCUGCUGGCCCAUCCCUAUUGGGGAAGGUUGCAGGGAGCUCCCCAAGUUGAUCUGUGGUGUCAGGGAGCUCUGCUUUGUUUGGGGCCAGGAGAGGGGCACUGCUGGAUCUGGAGGGAUGAGAGGUUGGCAGGAGUGAAUUGUGAGAGUUCUGCAUGUGGCAGCACUACAAACCCACAGCACCAGAUGCAGGCUGUGGCUGCUCCCUCCUCCCACCUAAAUAUCCCCCCAAAAAGCAAUUCCUUUGGAUUUGUCUGUGCGCUGCCUCAGCAGAUCCAUUGUAAACCUGCCUGUGCCUGCUCUUCCACCAACCUCCCUGUGUGCUCUGAGAAGCCUUGGGUUGCAUGGCAGUUCUGUAUUAAAGGGAAUAAUCCUUUCCACAGGGUUCUCAGGAGUGCACAGGUUUUAGCUGUAUUUUUUUUCCCACAUUUUGGAUGUGCUGUUGAACCAUGGACUUGAAUUUUGGGGUUUUUUUUCCUCCCUUCUUUAAGCACAGCUAAACCACCUGCUGGAGCAGCUGCUCUCUGCUCAUCAGCAGUGAUUGCAGGUGAUCUGGGAGCAAGCCUAGGAGAUGUCCCCAAAAUAUAAAUUUAAACUUUCCUGGUCAUUUAAUGGGGGUUUUUUGAGUGUGCUUGGCAAGCAUGAAUGGUGAACAGGUCAGCAAGCAAGCUUAGGAGUCUCUAAUCCCCUGGCUGGUGCUGUUUGUGUUUGCUUUGUUAGGUUAGAUUUCCUGUCAGAAAAAAAAAAAUAUAUAUAUAUAUAUAAAAUGUGGACUCUUCUCUGUAUUUAUCAGUUUUUCCUGGUUUUAAAGCCAUGAAUAGAGGAAGUUUCACUCAUGCUGGUUUUUAUGAAAUUGCACAUUUUUGCCUGACAUGUACUUGACUCAAAGCAGAUCCUGUCUGAGCUUUAUGGGCUCCCCAAAACCUCAGCUGCUGUUGGUUGGAUCAGACCUCUCAUGUACCAACAUGACAUGCAGUGAACUUUGUUUCUAGAUUUCACCAAAGUUAGUUCUGCACCAACUGUGACGUGCUCAAACCUCACUGUUUCAUAGCACUGUUUCAGUGCUUUUAAAAAAUAAGGAUUUGACCCAAAUUUUGUCCUUCCUGAUAUAUUUUCUUGUGAAACUUAACGAGUGAACCCCUUCAAUUGCUCAUCUCAUUUACAAAUGAAAACUUCAUAAUUGCAUUUUAAAGAAAAUAAGAGAAAAAAACCCCAACUAAACAAACCAUCAAAAAGCAUUAAGGAAUAAGUUUUAGAUUUAGAUUUAUCUUGGAAAAUCAAAUUUUCAAUGAGGUGCAAUUAUAUCUGGCAAAGUUGUGUGUUAUCCUGAAGAGUGUUACCACUUCCUUUCUGUAAUUUGUUGGUGAAGUUUAGUAGAUUUUCUAGGUCUGUGUGUGUCCUUUUUUUUUGUGUGUACACAGGUGUGUGACAGGACAGGGCUGGAUGUAAAGGAUACAGAGGCAGUAUUUGGCUGGAAAUAACAAGCACAAUUUCCCUGGCUUUUGCAGUUUAUUAGUUGUACAAUCACAAAGAUUUCAGCAUUCAGGGCAGUUGAUAAGUAAAUAUCCAGUCCCAGAUUUCUGUGCAGCAGUGGUUGAAAACAGAAUGUAUUGAUUAAAUCUAAUUUUUUUUUUGCUUUAAUUUUGGUACAUUACAAAAUUAACUGACUUUAUCUGUUAAGGUUUUAUUAAUCUUUUGUUUUAAUAGUGUCAAAACUUUUUUUAAAUUAUUUUUUUAUAAAAUAAUUAAAAAAAAAGAACCAAAAAUCAAUCCAGAAGCUUUGUAUUGUAUAUGUUCUCUCCAAUCAAAAUGAUCGUGUGACCAUUUAAAGUUUGCUUUCUUUUUUUUUUUUUAGGAAGAAAGAUAAGAUGUUAAGGUUGUUCCAAGUGGUACUAAAUGUGUGUUGAGUAGUUUUGUGUGUGUGUUGCAUUUCUGUGGAACUGUCUCGUGCUUGCAGUAUAGAAAUGACUCAUGCUGGCUGGGUGAGAGUAGCACUUGUAAUGCAAAACCAGGCCCAGAAUUAGCCUCAGCUGACUCUGAAGGGCAUCCCUGGCACUGGGGGCUUUCCCAUGGAGGUUGGAGGCAUCACUUGGCAGUGCUGGGGGGUCACGGGGGGGGAAUGAAUCCAUUGCUUCUCUUGCUGCCGUAGGUGAGCACUUGUGUGAUGCUGUGUGGCCGUGCCACUUUAAACUAAGCCUUAACUAAAUGAUAAAUGUGUCAGAUUCCUCUCUUAGAGCAUGCAAAAAUACUGUUUAACGACAGGAGGAUGUUCCUGUAGAGCUUCAGUGUUAGUAAAGGCAGUCUCCUGGCCUGAGAAGUAAGGGACACCUGUAGCUGUCUGUACUGUGAUGCCUCUUUGGGCUCUCGGGCAUUCCUUGGCAGCUGACCCCAAAUUGGCUUUCCCAGAUCCCAGCUUUUUGUUAUUCUUGUUGUCAGAUGUAUUCUCCUCCCCCCACCCCUGCCAGCAAAUCUCUGCCUGAAGGAGGAUUGUGAUUUAACACUUAAAAUUUUACAUCCCAAAAAAAGCCAUUCUUGAAUUCUGUGCUUGCUUCGGGUAGGUGCCAUAGCUUCCACUUCUUAUGACUGACAUAGGAUCCUUAAAACAUUAUAAAUAGAGGCAAAAAAAAAAAGUGUUGGGGACCCAGCUUGCUUCUAUUUUACUUUUUUUUCCAAUUUGGAUCUACCUCAUGUAACCAGUUGGGUGCUAAUUACUCAAAUUGUCAAGGAGAUUUGGCAAAGGCGACCAAACCGACCCCAUUUAUGGCCCAAACCCUUGGGUUUCUUGUUCUGAGACAGCAAUCUUAGAUUUGAGUUCUAUUCUUUGUGCCUUUGUGGUUAUUUUCCCCCAGUGCACAACAAUCAAAACUCAUCUUCCUGAUUAAAAACAGCAAAUGGUUUUUAACUGUGCUGCAAAAAACUAAAUUUGAAAAUAUUUUUUGGUGUAGCAAGUUGUAAAAUAAAGUAUCACAGCUGACCUAGGCAAAGAGAAAUACCCAAUAAAGAAGGUUUUGGAAAUGUUUAAUCCUGACCCCAGAGCUCUACAUCUGUGUCUCUAUGUAGGCACAUAGCAUGCAACUUUGUGUGUUUAUGUGUAUAUAUAUAAAUAUAAAAUUAAGGGAUACACGUGUAAGGGUGAGGGAAUAAAACACCAUUGACCUUUCCACAGUUUUGUAUGUAACAGUUUACAACUAUGUGUAAGUUUUUUCUACUAUGUGAACCUUUUUUACUCAAAAAGAAUUCCUUUUUGGAAAGCUUUACGUUGUGAUACGCUAUCAUUUUUUGAAGUUUAAAAAAUUUUUUAAAAAUCCACUUUUUACCAAUAUCUACUACAGAGGGGGAAUCUUUGCUGUAAAAUUGUGUUAGUUUAAAUAUCAAAAGAAAAGAAAAUAUCUAUAUAUGGGAUUGUAAAAGUGCUGACAUUCCAUCAUGGCAGCACUUCCGAGCUGUUUCCUAAGGCUUUCUGCUGCAGAGAGACUCAAACAAAAGGAAAAUGCCUCUGUUCAGUGUUUUUAUAAAACUGCUCCAUCAGGUCUAGACUUAAGCUAUAUUUUCUAAAGCCUAAUCAUCCUUUAAUAUGCUGCAGAUAAAUGAUCAGCAUGGUUGCACUUUCUCAGUAAUAAUGUUUGCCCUGCAAUUGGCUCAUGAUAAGGACUUUAGUUUUUUAACAAAACCAAUCGUACUUUGGGCAGAAGGUAAUAUUUAUAUAGGUACCUCAAGAUUAAAAAAAAAAAAAGAGCCUGAAUAUGCUGCAUUUUGUUUCUUUAACAUUUUUCAUGUAGCAUUUGUUUGCUUUUCUGGUUUUUUAGGAGAUGACUUAGCUACCUGUUUGCUUUGGGGGACCCUGAUAGUGUUUUAGGCCGUUGUUUUCUCUGGAUCUCACAGAAUGUAGUAUCCUGCCUUGGGAUCUCGCAGGAGUUUGGGAUGGGAUGUGCCCUGCAGUGUGUUCACACGGGGAGGGGGACCAUGGAAAUUCGCUUUAUAGAUUUCAGGAAGAGGAGGAAAAGGAUACUAUAUUCCUAAAACAGACAAUACAUGUUCCUAAUUCUUAAUUAUGGUUUGUUUGGGUUUUUUCUUUUUGCCUCAUUCUGCUUUCUUGAUUCUUUUCUCAAAUAUGAGUGUGGAAAGGGGCCGUUGAUUAAUGGGGGCACACAGUGACCAAACCUGCCCCACUGGUGGUUGGUUGGGUGUGAUUCCCCAAAUCCAUGGGUAAGAGCAGUGCCCCAUGUUGGAGCAGGACCCUCCUGCUCUCUGCCUGCUCCCUAUUGCAGGUCCACCCGCUACUCCUUCAUUUCCGAGUCAGUGAAAAUCUAAAAAUGUGCAGAGAUGGGGAAAUUUUUUUUUGAGAACUGUUGAAGGAAGCUUCAAAGGCUGUGAAAUUGAGCAUUUAUUGUCAUAUUUUUAAGCUUAGGUGGGUCCUUUUCCAAGUUUGUUUUACAGCUUGCAAGGUAAAAUAGUUUGCACUACUUUUGCAAUAAACUCAUGAAAAACCUAACAGGUUCUGUUCUGGUUUCUUACUGUAUAUAUACAACUAAUACUAAAGAUUUAGCAUAGUGUUUUUCACCUCAAAACAUAAGACUUGUAACAAGCUCAGAAUGCUGUAAUUCCUGACAAAAUAAUGAUGUGAAUGAUAUUUUAUAAAGUUAUUUUGUAUGGUGUCGAUUUUGUUUUGCCUCAUAGUAUGUCAAUAAAAUAAAAUUCCUCAUCUUUACAAGA